AUAAAUAAAAACAUAAAAAGAACAAAAAUAUAUGUGAGAGGGUUUUGGUUUGGGGGUUUGCAAAUUGCAACUGCAGUUUGAAGUGUAUCAAUCAUAAACAUUAUUCCAAUCACCGCCUUUCAGAUUCAGCAUCACAAACACAAUCUGUUUUUAAACUAUUAAUAGCUGGAACACUCGAGCUAAGAACAUGGCAAAUCAACCAAAUAAUGAUAACCAGCAAAUGCUGAGUUCUGCAGCACUUAUCCAGAAAACUGAUGAGGAUCAAGUAGUCAGUGGCCCUUCUGCUGUGGGCUUUAUAAAUUCAUUGGAACAACGGUAUCACAAAAUCAAAGAGCAUGCAGAAGCUUAUCCUUAUGUAUGGGCUUCCUAUAUUGUUGUAUAUGGUGGCUUUGGUCUCUGGACUACCUAUAGAUGGAGAAAGCUUCGCAGGACAGAGGACAGUGUGCGCAAACUUCAACAAAGAUUACGUGAGCUCGUUGAAGCUGAACAGCCUGCUAGUUCUGCCAAAGUGGUUGAAAAGGGUUCCAUAUCUUCUGAGAAACCUUCCAAAUAGAGCCUACAGCAUUCUAAUAUUCCUUACCAGUUACAAAAGCCAGGUAGUCUUGUUUACUGACGCCGAUAUUACUUUUCUUUACCAUCAUGGUUGCUGUUGGCUUGAAAUAAGAUUCUUUGGCUCCUCUAUUCAACUGAAUCAUUAGAGGAAGUCCUCGAGUAGAUUGUGCAUUGUGGACAUCGUUAGAAUUUGAAUAUCAUUUUUCCUUCCAAAGUUUUGUGGGUAUUAUUUUACCAAAUCAUUAGAAGUACUAUACUCCAUACUGUUUCUUAUGCAGCUAAUUACUAGUGUUAUAUUGCAUAUGUUCUAGUCUUGUACUAUUAAGCAUCACUACAAAUGAUUGAACCAAUGGAAAGUAAAUGAAUAUUUCAAAUUUGAUAUUAACAAGAUGGUUUAUUGAUUUGUGCA